UUUAAUUCUUAGGAGCAAAGUAGGGCUGGUUUUCUAGAAGGUAGCACGUACCAGUUGGAACUCCUGUCAAGGAAGGGCAUAACUGAGACUGUUGCCAUUAUUUCAGUUUUCACUGAAGGAAUUGCCUUAGCAGGAGGUAAAGAAAAAAGGUGGGGGAAGAAUAAAAGAAAAAGGGGAUGUGAAGAAAAGGAUUAGGAGAAUAAAGGAGGUGGACACAAAGAAAGAUGGAGGAGAAUGGGGCUAAAUACAAUACUUUUCCUUGAGUUUGUGAGUAACAGAGCUUUCUUUAUUGCAUUUAUCCUUGCAGGGUUCCUGGUAACUACUCAGCUGCUGUCUCCAUAUAUGCAGAAAAUAAUACUAAUAGCAGAUAGUGGGAGAGCAUGCUUAUUUAAGUGACAAAACUAGGGUGGAAGAACCACCUUUACUAGGUUGCAAUGCCUCACAUCUGUUUUUGGUCCUCCAUUGUGACAAAGCUGAAUUUGGUGGUCUUGCUGCUUUUUAUAACAAGUUUCUCUUCAUGCUUGAAUGACAGAGUUACGGAAUUUGCUUUGACAAAAAAAGAAGAGGGUGAUUUAAAAGAACGGAACAAGGAAGAAUUGGAAGUGAUCGAGGUGGAAGAAGAGGUUCUUGAUUCUGAAGACUUGGAAGUGUUUUAUCCAACAAAUCAGUGGCAGACUGUCCGGCCAG